UGUUCUAAAAUGGUGAAAAUAACAGGUUAAAUCUUCUCUUCUCUUCUUUUUCUUUUGAUUUUAAGUUUGCGCCAUAACCAGCAAAUGCACAUUCAGAUUUAGGGCUUUCUGUAAUACUUAAUCGUCUUUCUUAUAUACUUCUUAGAAACCAACUCUCUAACUAACAUUUUUAGCACUUGUUUUUUCUAGGGUUUCUUCCCCAACAUUACUUCUAGGGUUUCUCACAAUUUAAAUUCAGUCACCACAUUAAUUCUCUCUUUACUUCAGCUAAAAAGCUUCAAUCUUUUCAGUUAUUUUGUUCUUCUUUGAUAUUGGGUUGGUUUUAAUUCAAGAUUCUUCUGCUUCUGGGAGGAGUUUAAAUUCUACUUCUUGUUGUUGUUUGCAAUUGGAUUGAAUUGGGGUUUUUAAAGUCAAAAUAAUUGAGUGAAGAUUGGAAUGAAUAGUGUAUUUAGUGAGCAGAUUCUUGCUGAUAAGCUUUCUAAGCUCAACAGCACCCAGCAAUGCAUUGAAACUCUGUCACAUUGGUGCAUAUUUCACCGGAGUAAAGCAGAGCAAGUUGUUCAAACAUGGGACAAACAAUUUCACAGCUCACAGAUGGAACAGAAAGUUCCCUUGUUGUAUCUUGCCGAUGAUAUUCUUCAGAAUAGUGAACGUAAUGGGAAUGAAUUUGUAUCCGAAUUUUGGAAGGUUCUUCCCACGGCACUUAAAGAUCUUAAUGAGAAAGGCAAUGAUCGCGGAAAGACUGCAGUCACGCGAUUGGUGAGCAUAUGGGAAGAACGGAGAGUUUUUGGAUCCCGUGCUCGGAGCCUUCGAGAUGUAAUGCUUAGUGAAGAAAAUCCGCCGCCAUGUAAAUUGACUAUUGGAGGUGCUGCAGAAAAAAUUGUAUCGGCAUUUCAUUUGGUUGGCAGUGAAAAUCAAACUGAAGAGGCAGAAAUGAGCAAUUGUAAGUCUGCAAUCAAUCUUGUGCGGAAGAUGGAAAAGGAUGUUGAAAUUGCAUGUAGAAGCGGUGAGGAUCCCAAAAGAAAAGUAAUGGCCAAAGAAAUAGAGGAAGAAGAUCAAGAUGCUGUUGGGAGCAGUGAGCCUUUGAAGAGGCAAAGGAGAUGGAAUUCUGAUAGUGUUAAGGUGUCUGAACCACAAAGCUCGAUUCCUGCUCCUACUGCCACACCUACAUUUCCAAGACGCACCUUCUCCCGGUCUGACUCUUCAGUUAGCAACGAGGAUACUCCAAAAGAACGUAUUGUUCCAACAUCGCAUAGGCCUGCAACAAACUCCCUCAGAAUUGAUAACUUUCUGCGUCCUUUUACCCUGAAAGCUGUCCAAGAACUGCUUGGAAAAAAUGGCAGUGUCACCAGUUUCUGGAUGGACCAGAUCAAAACCCAUUGCUAUGUUAGUUACUCAUCUGUGGAACAAGCCUCCGCGACCCGAAAUGCUGUGUAUAACCUUCAAUGGCCUCCAAAUGGUGGGAAAAAUUUAGCGGCCGAGUUUGUUGAUCCCCAGGAAGUGAAAUUGAAAUUGGAAGUUCCUCAGUCUCCGGCUGCACCACUGACUCCCGGUGCUUUAGCUUCUCCAUCUUUGCAAACUCAGCCCUCUCCACGUCUGCAACUUUCUAGACAGCAACUUCCACCCCCACCUCCCCUCCCACCACCACCACCACUAUCUAACCCUCCCCCGGCAAAGGAAAGGCUUGGUCAUCUACCACCACCACCUCCACUUUCAGAGAAACAUGACCCGCCUAUUGUUACUCUGGAUGACCUCUUUCGGAAAACUAGAGCAACUCCUAGAAUCUAUUACCUUCCAUUGUCGGAAGAACAAGUUGCAGUGAAGCUUGCAGAAUGGGGCAAAAAUGUGAAGCAGUAGGGGACUGUCAGGCUAAUAUUUCCUUUGCGGCUGCUCUUAAGAUUUUUGUUAUGGUGGUCAGUAUGUUAGAUAAUGGUUAGAUAGUAUCACAUAAUUGCGUCUUUGCAGGUCUGCAGGUGUUGCUUGUGGAGGGAUAUGUUCCAGCCAAGCAAAGGGAAAUGGUUCGAUGAAUUUGGUUUUUCCGAGGACCGCCUUAUGUUGAGGGCUCCUUAAGUUUUUUCGCUCUUUUUUUUUUUGGUUUAGUGGUAGAAACAUUUGAACAGAGAGCUGUCUUGUUGUGUAUGAGCAGAUACAUUCUUCACCCGACUUAUGAGCCUUUCUGUUGAACAAGAACUAAUUUGCUCAUUAUGUUUUCAUGUUUUUAUUGGUAACAACUUAACGUGUAGUCUGACUUUCUUGUCA